AUGUUCUUUAGCAUUCUAGGGCAUCGAUUCCAAGGUUCAGAAGCCAAGUUCGUAAGAAGGGCUGCCUUUUUAAAACAUAAUUUAUGGAUCUCACCGUAUACUUGUGGUGAGGAUUUCCCUGGAGGAGAAUUUCCCAACCAAAACUUGUGUGUUGGUGAAGGUCUGGCUUCAUGGGUCCAGCAAAAUCGAUCUCUUGAAGAAACAGACAAUGUAUGUAUUUGGGAUAACUCAUGUCCUAGGUUGGAAGAUUGGUAUGUGAUCCCAGUGGUACGGAUUGGGUAUAUGCUUCAGCCACAUGGGUUCUUUAACUGCUCUCCUGCAGUGGAUGUGAAGGAGGGCCAUGUGAAAUUGACAAUUGCCCCCAAGUCGAUUUCAAAUGGGUUGAUAGCCAUGCUUUGA